AGGAAGAGAGAUAACCACAGAAAACCUGGUUAACAACCCAGUUAAUGAUCAGAUAAACCUUCACACAAUAAGCAGGUGAACGGAGAGAAAUCCAGGAGGCUGUGGAUGUUUAAGGACAAACAGAUGGAGUCUGAAGAAAAUCUGCCCGGUGCUUUUCUGCUGCUGCUUCUGUUCGGUUCACACUUCACACUGGUGGGUCCUUCAGCCCCUGAGGAGGGCUGGCAGGUGUACAGCUCAGCUCAGGACUCUGACGGUCGGUGUGUUUGUACUGUCGUUGCUCCUCAGCAGACGGUUUGUUCCAGAGACGCUCGAACCAAACAGCUCAGACAGCUGCUCGAAAAGGUGCAGAAUAUGAGUCAGUCCAUCGAGGUGCUGGACCAGAGGACUCAGAGAGACCUGCAGUUUGUGGAGAAAAUGGAAGUUCAGCUGAAAAGUCUGGAAAACAAAUUCAAACAGGUGGAGGACGGACACGAGACCAACAUCGCCAGACAGUACAAGUCAAUCAAGGCAAAGAUGGAGGAGUUACGUCCCCUGAUCCCAGUCCUGGAGGCCUACAAGGCCGAUGCUCUGCUGGUCCGGCAGUUUAAAGAGGAGGCAGCAAAUGUGACGGAGCUGUUGGGGUCGCUACAGGAACAACUGGGAGGACUGGACUACCAGGACCUCCACAGUCGAGUGAUGAGUCUGGAAGACCGACUGAGGGCCUGCAUGCAGAGGCUGGCAUGUGGGAAACUGACAGGAAUCUCUGAGCCAAUCACCAUCAAGACGUCUGGAUCCAGGUUUGGAUCGUGGAUGACCGACCCGCUGGCUCCAGCUGGAGACAACAGAGUGUGGUAUAUGGAUGGUUACCAUAACAACCGCUUCGUCAGGGAGUAUCAGUCGAUGUAUGACUUCAUGACGACAGAUAACUUCACCUCCCACCGUCUGCCUCACCCCUGGUCUGGAACUGGUCAGGUGGUUUAUAAUGGAUCCAUUUACUUCAACAAGUUUCAGAGUCACACCAUCAUCAAGUUUGACUUCGGCACAUCGCUCAUCAGCCGCUCCCGACAGCUCGACUUUGCCGGAUACAACAACAUGUACCAUUAUUCCUGGGGGGGGCACUCAGAUAUCGACCUCAUGGUGGAUGAGGGGGGGCUCUGGGCCGUCUACGCUACCAAUCAGAACGCUGGAAAUAUUGUCCUUAGCCAGUUAGACCCAAACACUCUGCAGAUCGUCCGCAGCUGGACCACCAACCACCCGAAACGCAGCGCCGGAGAAGCAUUCAUGAUCUGUGGAACCCUGUACGUUACUAACGGGUACUCAGGUGGAACCAAAGUGUACUAUGCCUACUCCACUAACUCCUCUACGUAUGAAUACAUUGACAUUCCUCUGACUAAUAAGUACAGCCACCUGUCCAUGCUCGACUACAACCCCAGAGACAGAGCACUGUAUGCUUGGAAUAACGGCCACCAAGUCCUUUAUAACGUCACACUUUACCACAUCAUACAGUGAAUCUACAUUAUAAAUACUGUAACACAAAUAGAGCGUAAUGUCACAGUCGAACACGUCACACAUUUAGAUUAAAGAGUAAAUAUUUCCUUAAGAUAAAUCCUCACGCUCUCUGACCUGCACAGGGAGGAGACGAUGAAGAUCAGGUUUGUUUCUGUGUCUCCACCACAGAGACAGACACAUUAGCCAAGUUACUCCUGUUAGCCAAACAUCAAAAGAAAAUCCACUGUCCACCAACUCCCCGUCUGUUAGGAAACCAGUUAGCUGGUUUAUUUAACUGUCAGGACACAUUCAGCGGUUCCUGGUCAACAGACGUCUCCAGAGCCGAGACCUAAAACCACAAUGUGUCUGUUUACAUGUAUGUUUUUACACCUGUUCAGUGAACAUACAUGUAAACAGCAGAAAUCAGACAGACGAGAUGUUGGACAGUGAAUUUCUGUUUUGCUGAACUCAGCUAUUUACAUCGUGGACAUGUGUUGGACUGGAGCGUGUCCCAAAGUGUUGGACUGUUAACUUAGAUCUGCGAUUCCUUUUUUAAAUGAAGUUAUACUUUUCAGAUACUGAUUGAAGUUUUCGAUUCAAAUGCACUUGAAAGAGAAAAACAGAGUUGAUCACAAAGAAAACGUUUCGUGUUUCACAGAACAUUUUUUUAUAGUUUACUCUGAAGAAUGUGACUUUUUUUUUCUCAAUGAAACCGCAGCCACAGUUACUCUGAAGUAAUAAUAAUAAUAAUAAUAAUAACAAUAAUAAUAAUGUCUUUUCUUACUGUUGUGUAUUAUAUAGCAAUAUAAAUUCAGGACUACAGUCUCUCUUUUCCUCAGCUUUUAAAUGAGCCACUGCAAGUUGAUUAGGGCUAACAUCUUAUGUUUGUGUCCAUCUUUUAAUGCAUGCUCACCACACACUUGACGCUGUCCUGGAGCCAGUGUCCAUGAACUCUGCUGUGUACGUUGGUGGGUUAGAUGAGGAAUUUGAUCCUGUCUUAGCUCCUCUGGUCUGCUGGUAUUUUCCUGCUGAACUAGCAUCCUUCACACCAAGAAGCCUCGGAAAUCUUCCAUCAUUAGCUCAGGAGCCUCCAUGUCCACCAGUGUCCACUAGUGUCCAGGAGUCUGGACUACAGUUGGUGUAUCAGACAGGAUGAAUCGAGGCACAUCAGGUGGACGUAAACUUGUAAGAAACUGAUCAAACUCUGCAGGUCUUUGUUUAAAAGACAUUCAGCUCAGUGAGGAUCUGUCACAUUUAGAGGAUUGAGGUGUUUUGUGGUCCUUCCUUUGUACUGCUACUCAAACAUUUUACUGCUCUGUUCAAACUGUGUGUUUAAGUGUGGGACCUACUGAGAACUGGACUGCAUUUUAAGAAUUCAUUGUAUGAAAUUUUACUUCCUGCUUCUUUGUGUUUUGAAUUUAAAGAUUUCUUUGGCCUCUAGUUUCUUCGUGGAGUGAAUAAGUGUUGAUGUAAAGAAUCGAUGGAACAAAACCAACAGGAAAAAGUGCAGAUGUUUUAUUAUUCAAAAGACUGCAUGUAUAAAUGUUUAAAGGAUUACUCAGUUUUGUAACCAGUAGCCUUAAUAGCUAAUGUGUUUUGAAUUGCAUCACUGACCACGAUAUUUACUGUGUUUUUGCCAAAAUAAAGAAACUUCCC